GGCCCCGGUCAUAAUGGAGGCCGCGACUCCGCCUCCUUCCUUUCGCCCCGAGCCGCCAUUUUGUGGGCACACACGAGAAGUGAUCGGCCAAAAUGACGAACACAAAGGGAAAGAGGAGGGGGACGCGUUACAUGUUCUCAAGGCCAUUUCGCAAGCAUGGAGUUGUCCCCCUGGCCACCUAUAUGCGCAUAUACAAGAAGGGUGAUAUAGUUGAUAUCAAGGGCAUGGGUACUGUUCAGAAAGGCAUGCCCCACAAGUGUUACCAUGGCAAGACUGGAAGGGUGUAUAAUGUUACUCAGCACGCUGUGGGCAUUAUUGUAAACAAGCAGGUUAAGGGCAAGAUUCUUGCCAAGAGAAUUAAUGUGCGUAUCGAGCAUAUUAAACAUUCCAAGAGCAGAGACAGCUUCCUGCAGCGUGUGAAGGAGAAUGAAAAGAAGAAAAAAGAAGCAAAAGAAAAGGGCAUUUGGGUUCAGCUGAAACGUCAGCCUGCCCCACCAAGAGAAGCACACUUUGUAAGAACUAAUGGCAAGGAGCCAGAGCUGCUGGAGCCAAUUCCUUAUGAAUUCAUGGCAUAAUUCACAUUUUAAAGAAAUAAACUGAAGAUCUGGUUUUGGAAACGUG